AUGUUAAAAAUAUUAGCACCGUUUACUUUGUUUCUGGGUUUCAUUGACAUUAGUGAUGCUCAGUAUAGCAACUGUGAUUAUCAACAAUCAGUCGAAUCUGGUCGAACGUAUUAUAUAUACAAUCCCAGUUAUCCAGCUUUCGAAUCUGGUACACCAUAUUCAAAAUGUCGAUGGACUUUUCAAAGUGAUAGCACCUCAACAAUGAAAUGUACAGUUGAUAUGCAAGAGAGUCAAAAGUGUAAUUUGGAUGCACUGUCUGUGAAAAUCGAUGAUAAUGCAGCUCAUAAAUAUUGUGGUUAUGGUAAUUUCACUAUCACUUUUGCUGAAAAUAAUCAAAUUGUUGUGAACAUGAAUUUAGCAAAGUCAUCUAAAGGUGGAAAAUUUUUAUGUGAAAUUAUUGCUGAUAACAAAAAUGACUGUCAAUGUGGCUUACAAAAUCCUUCAAGAAUUGUAGGUGGAAAAGAGACUGGAGUAAAUGAGUAUCCGAUGGUCGCUGGUCUUGUUCAAAGAAAAGAAAUAAUUUGUGGAGCUACAAUUAUAAAUAAUGUUCAAGUAGUUACAGCUGCUCACUGUCUUUACAAUCAAAACAUAUCAGAUUUUUUUGUAGUAGUUGGUGAACACAAUACAAACUCUGAAAAUGAAUCCAAUGCGACAAAGGUUUAUAAAAUUGAAAGAUGGGACGAACAUCCAAAUUAUGAUCCUAGCAAAGAAAUUAAUGAUAUUGCUGUCAUUACAAUAGAUGGUUUGAUAGAAUUCAAUCAAUUUGUUGGACCAGUAUGUCUGCCAUUUCAGCAUUACCAAGAUUCAUUUGCUGGCUGGGGAACAACUUCAUUUGCAAAUGCUCCAUCAAGUGUUUUACAAAGUACAGAAGUCAGUGUGCUAACGAAUAAAGAGUGUACUGAUAGUUUUCCUCAAAUUCAGUAUACACAAAUGUGCACUUAUGCAAGAAACAGGGAUUCUUGUCAGAUGGACAGUGGAGGUCCAGUUAUGUGGAAAAACCCUACAACAAAAAGACUCGUUCUUGUUGGAAUAAUAAGUUCUGGCACUGAUUGUGGAGGUGCAAGUCCCGGAGUAAACACUCGAGUUGGAUCAUUUAUAGAUUUCAUUUGGGAUCAAAGACCUCUACGAGGAUAUGAGUACUGUGAUGCUGAAUAG